AUUCCUUACCUGCAACAUGUCGGCUUGUUCUUGAUUCUCGUCGGAGGACUGGUCACGAUCAUUGCUGUAGCGGCAAUGCCUGCUCAACACGCCAGUAAUAAGUUCGUAUGGGGAGAUUUUCAGAACCUGACAGGCUGGCCAAACGGAGUUGCAUUCUUGACUGGUGUUCUCAACGGUGCUUUCGCAAUCGGAACUCCUGACUCUGUCUCGCAUAUGGCAGAGGAGCUGCCUAAUCCCAGAGUCGAUUUGCCCAAAGCCGUAUUUGCUCAAGUUGGGCUCGGAUUCAUCACGGCUUUCGUCUUCGGCAUCGCGGUCUUCUAUGGCAUCAACGACCUCGACGCAGUGAUUGGCAGCACGGGUUCCUUUCCACUGGGCGAGAUCUAUGCACAGGCAACAGGGAGCCGAGGUGCCACUUUCGGCCUUUUGCUGAUCGUCUUCCUCUCCAUUAUGAUAUGUCCUGUGGGGACAGUGCUGAUGCUUGGUCGUCUCUGGUGGGCCUUAGCACGAGACAAUGCAACACCAUUCUCCGGCUUCUUCUCGAAAGUCAACGAGCGCCUAUCCUGCCCGGUCCCCGCGACAAUCUUCUGCUCCAUCCUAACCACUGGAUUUGGCGCGAUUCAGUUGGGAUCCAAAGUCGCCUUCACAGAUCUUGUCGGCUCGUUCAUCAUCCUCACAACUGCAUCAUACUUCCUCGCAUUCUUUCCGCACCUACUCUCGAAGCGUUCUAACGUGCCCAAGGGACCGUUUUGGAUGGGAAGUGCAGGGUAUUUGGUGAAUGGGAUAGCGUCAACGCUCAUCCUGUUCUUCAUCUUUUGGUUCUCAUGGCCAUACGCCAAGCCAGUGACGGUCAGCUUGAUGAACUACAAUUCUGUUAGUUUGGUAGGCUGCGUGGUUUUGACAGCGUUUUGGUGGAUUGUGCACGGCAUCAAGAACUAUCCGGGCCCUAAGCUCGCGCAGCUGUACCUGUAG